AUGAAUGCCGAAAACCCCGUCAACGCCCCGACUUCUCGCGACCCCCGCCUGACGCAUCUUAGACCGCCUCUUCGAACAAGUCUGAGUACACUGCAGGCUCCACAACUUCCCAAUUCUCCGGCUCUUCCCCGAACUGCAAAUCAGAAUGAUGUCGGCUUCGGAGAUUUCAUACAGGGAAUCUCGGGGUUGGUGCAAGCCACUAUACAUGAUACUCAAAACCGGGCAGAGAAGGAAAGGCUUCAAAAGCAGAAGGAGUCAACUGAGCGCCUAUUAAAGCGUGCCAGACUUCACCCGAACUUUCCUGCCACGAUUGAGUACUUUCAGCGGGCGCGUGAUGAUGAAGAUGCCGAGAUAUCGCGGAUCAAAAAAGCACUGGAGGAUUCCACUCGUCAUCAGCUUGAGAAGGAACUCAAGUCUAAAUUCCCAUCUUCGACGACGAAUGAGAAGAUUCAUGAAUUGGAACACGAGGUCCACGCGACAAAGCACGUAUCGUCACAGCUCAGGGAACGAAACCAGACUCUAGAAACAACACUCAACGCGAAGCUUUCCGAGCUGCGGGAACGGUUUGAAAGUCAGUGGAAGACACAAGCCAAGCAUAGUAGGGAUUUUAAAGAGCGCAUGGAUCAAUAUCAAGCAUUAUCCUCCACUUCAGAGACGACAUCUGCCAAGAUUGCCACGGAAAUCAAUCAUUUCAAACAGAAACUCACGGACCUUGAGACAACUUCAGCCAAGCUUCCUGCGGAAAUGAAUAAUUGCAAACAGAAAAUAAUGUCCCUUGAGACUAGGAUCGAACCGCUAUGGAAGUCACAAAAUCACUUCACUGCCUCUGUUGCGAAAAUAAGCGAGAAGACGAAGGAGCAGGAGGAGAAGCUGGACGGCCUCAAGCUCCAAGACGUCGAGUCGAUCCGGAAAGGGUUGUUUGAACUCAAGACCCAUGUGCUAUCUUAUGAAAGUAGCCAUGCCGCUGGACGCCAAGAACAGCAUCUACCUCACGCUGAACUACAAGAACUCACUUCACGGCUUCAAAAGCUGGAGAGCGCACCCGAUCCGAUGCCUCAGGUCCAAUUGAUCCAUAAUGGUUUGAAACAGCUUACAGAAAUACGCAGUAAAAGCGAUGAUCUUCAGUUCAAAGAAUUGGAGGAAAUCAAGAAGAAAGUGGAACUUGAGGCGGAUAGAUCGGCAAAUAUGUCCAAUGAAAUUGUACGCCUUGCAAAUGGGAUGCAAAAUUUGAGUCGUCAGCAGAACCCAGCAGCUCAAAACGUUGCGCAACUGGCCGUGUCUGUUCAGCACACGCAAAAGACCCUUGAAACUGUCAGGAUAGGGUUGCAUUCGCUGGAGACUAGGUACAACAAUCUAACGACCGAAACCGUUGUCAAGAACAUGGUCGCUGCAAUGCAAGAGAUGUAUCCGAACAUCAGUCAGUUGACAGACCAGACAAGCAGACUCAAAGGGCUUAUUGACAAAGAAUUACCUCCGUUGCUGUCUAGAAUUGACGACAUAGAUCAAACGCUACAAUCUCACAUGGACACGACACGACAAGAUGCUUCUGCCCGCUUAGAGCAAUUAAAUCGUCUAAAGGAUGAUCAUUUGAGUCUAUCUCAGUCCCUGGGGCCUCUGUGGGAACGCUUUGGCUCGGAGGACCAGCAGCUAGUCAGCAGCGAAGAAUUUCGUACGCUGGGAGCCGACCUAGGAUCUUUGGUCAACACGAUCAGUGAAUAUCCAGCCAAAGACAAAAUCCUCACUCCUGGGGAUCUUGAGGUGCUCAAGUCGAAAUUUAAUGUUCUAGAUCAAAAAAUGAGCGGGUUCAGGACCAGCUUCAUCACACAACUAGGCGCCAAGGCGGACGAUGACAGGAUCAGACAGACCGUGAAUAAGGAGCGAGACUGUCUCUCGGAGCAGAUCAGCAGCGUAUCCACCCAAAUCAACGAAUUGGCCAAAAACUUCGCAGAAAUGAAGGCGGCAGAUACUAACCGGGGUGAUAAGCUCGCAUCUCAGGAGGUUGACAUCAACGGGGUGCGAGACCGCUUCGACGAAUUCAAAGAGUCUACGCUCGAACUAUACCAGUACCUGUGCAAGGAGCUAGAUAACGUCAGAGCGACCAUGGAGUCACAUGUAUCCAAAGCGUCGACCCCGGUAACUGCUCAGAGGGAGACAACUAAGCAGGAAAGCCCUGCCCGCGAAGCGGCUCUAGUCAAAGCCGUUGCGGAGACCAUUCCAGGUCUUGCUUUGCGGGAGCAGAAAAGGAAAAAUAAACGGCCUCGUCCGUCGAGUCUAGCGAACGAAGAGAAGGACUCAGCGCCCCCGUCAGAAUCCCCGGCAUCGUUCGCAUCCCCGGCUCCUUCGACGCCUAGACCAGAUGAAACCCCAGAAGCGAAAAGAAAAAAAAGAAGGAAGAAGCGGAAGGUCGAGGAACCGAUUACCAUCGACGAUUAA